AAAUACACCUCCGUUCUUUCUGUCUAUCAGAAGAUUUGACUACUGUACUGGGAAUAUUACCUAUAACUUAAAAUUUUUCAGACAAGUCUUAGUUUAAAAUGGCUGCUGCCAGUACUAACGUCGGUUUGGAUGAUAUAGAUUUAUCUCAAUUACGGGAGCCCGCUGGUAUAUUUGAUUUACUCGAAGUCGUCGGCAAUGGCACUUAUGGCAAAGUUUUUAAGGGACGACAUACAAAAACUGGCCAAUUGGCUGCAAUUAAAGUAAUGAAUGUUACAGAGGACGAAGAAGAAGAGAUAAAGCUGGAAAUAAAUGUCUUGAAAAAGUUUUCUCACCAUCGAAACAUUGCCACUUAUUACGGAGCUUUUAUCAAAAAGUUGGGUAGUGGCAAAGAUGAUCAACUUUGGUUGGUUAUGGAAUAUUGCGGGGCAGGAUCAGUUUCCGAUUUGGUUAAAGGUAUUUAUAGUCUACAAGAUAGAUUUCCAACUUGUUAUUUAACUGAAAUUUCAGCAACCAAAGGAAACAGUUUCAAAGAAGAAUGGAUUCAAUAUAUUCUCAGGGAAAUGCUAAGGGGCUUAGAUCACCUACAUAAUAAUAAAGUCAUUCAUAGGGAUAUUAAAGGCCAAAAUGUAUUACUUACUGACAAUGCUGAUGUUAAAUUAGUUGAUUUCGGUGUUAGCGCUCAAUUGGAUAAGACAAUAGGGCGUCGUAAUACGUUUAUUGGAACUCCUUAUUGGAUGGCACCAGAGGUUAUAGCAUGUGAUACAGAUUCCGAGGCAACUUAUGAUUAUCGAAGUGAUAUGUGGUCUUUGGGUAUUACCGCGAUAGAAAUGGCUGAAGGGAAACCACCUUUAUGCGAAAUUCAUCCUAUGCGGGCACUCUUUCUGAUUCCAAGAAAUCCAGCCCCAAGAUUAAAGUCUAAAAAAUGGUCUAAGACUUUUCAAGAUUUCAUUUGCAAAAGUUUAACAAAGAAAUAUCAAGACAGAUUGAAUACUGAGCAGUUGCUAAAACAUACGUUUAUAAAAAGUCAACCAACGGACAAACAGGUCAGGAACCAGAUACAGGACCAUAUAGACAGACAUCGUCGCGGAAAAACAUUUGAGCAACAGCAUAAUGAAUUUGAAUAUGAAGGCAGCGAUCAAGAAGAUGAAUUUAAUAAUGCAAAUGCGAACAGUCUUGUUCAAAACCGUAAUAAAGAGACGUCAACCCUAAAACACAACUUUCAGAAAUUGCAAGCCAGAGAAGGUUCUAAAGCUCCUGGAAACUUUUAUCAUCCUCCAGCCCCUCCCGUUGGUCAGCAUAGACCACCCCAGCCUCAGCAUCAUGUCUCCUCGCCACCACCAUCCGUAGCUCAGCAACAACCGAACAUGAUGGCGGGACCUCCAAGAGCUGCACAGAUCAAUCCAAAACAAAUGGGGCCAAAAUUGCCACACGCGCAUGAAAAGCCCCAUCCUGUAUCAAGAACCCCACCAACGCAAAUUAAUCAGCAUAGUAGAGCUAACCACAAUGAUUUAGAUAAGUGGGCUCGGCAGUUAUCGCAGAUGGGCUCUUCAGCUCCCAAUCCUCCUGGAGUGGAAGAUGACGACAGUGGGGAGGAAGACGGUCAGCCAUCUCAUGAUGGAACUCUACAAGUAUCUGGGCCUGCUAGACCUUUGCCUUUGCACUACGAAAAAGAUGCAGUAAGAGCUCUUGACUCAGUAAUGCUCGACGAUACUCCACCCCCACCUAUACCAGCAAGGACUUACCAGAAACAAGAUGAUGAUACUCUUGUUGCGAGAAAACCCAUUCCUCGAAGGAUUACUGAGGUCAGCCCAGGGUCUGAUAGGCUGAGACAUCAAUCGGAAAAACCUAGUCAAUCUAAUAUGCCAUCUUCAACGGGAAAUGCUAAUGGUAUACAACGAUUGGUAUCUGCACCACCAGAACUUUCAUCUGGUAUGCACGAUCAUAAUCUGCCUGAUGUACUACCAUCAAGUGUAUUAGGAGGCAGUUCUUCACCAGAGGCUGUACAAAAUAAUUUAAGGAAAAACCCAUCACAACGCUCCUUUCUUGCAUUUGGCUUUAGUUCGAAUGCAGAACAAGGACAAUCUGGUUCAACUACUGAUGUUGACCCUGGACGGAAAGGAUCUUUGGUAAAUGUGAAUGUAUCACCUUCAACUGCGAGUAAUCCAGAAGAUACUCCAGAAAUUAGAAAAUAUAAAAAGAGAUUUAAUUCGGAUGUUUUAUGUGCUUCUUUGUGGGGGGUGAAUCUUCUAAUUGGAACGGAUAAUGGUUUAAUGCUCUUAGAUAGAAGCGGAGACGGAAAAGUAUAUCAGCUCAUAUCAAGAAGGAAGUUCUCUCAAAUUGAAGUUUUGGAAGGACAGAAUAUUCUCGUAACAAUUUCUGGGCGAAAACAGCGCCUUCGCUGCUAUUAUUUAUCAUGGCUGAAAGCAAAAAUAAUAAAAGAUACUGAAAACGAGAAAAAACAAGGUUAUACGAAUGUCGGAGAGUUGGAAGGAUGCGUUCAUUUUAAAAUUGUUAAAUAUGAGAGAAUAAAAUUUUUGGUUAUAGCAUCUAAAAAUAAUGUCGAAAUAUAUGCCUGGGCCCCAAAACCGUAUCAUAAAUUUAUGGCAUUCAAGAAUUUUAAGGAUCUCUCCUACAGACCCCUUCUAGUCGAUUUAACUAUUGAAGAAGGACAAAGGCUAAAAGUUGUAUUCGCCUCAAAUAAGGGCUUCCAUGCUAUUGACCUUGAUACUGCAGACGUUUUUGACCUGCAUAUACCGUCAAGGCAAUCCGAUAUUCAACCUCACGCAAUUGUUAUACUUCCUAAAUCAGAUGGCAUGCAGCUACUGUUAUGUUAUAAUAAUGAAGGGGCUUAUUUUGAUACAAAUGGAAAAAUUAGCAAGAAUACAUUGCUUACAUGGGGAGAACUACCGACAUCAGUUGCCUACAUAAGUACAGGCCAGAUUAUGGGCUGGGGUCAUAAAGCUAUCGAGAUUAGAUCUGCAGAGACAGGACAUCUUGAUGGGGUUUUUAUGCAUAAAAGAACACAGCGUCUAAGAUUUCUCUGUGAAAGAAACGAUAAAGCUUUUGAUAUUCAAUUACAAUAUCAGUAA